UCUGUUCUGUUUGUUUUUGCAGAGAGCUCCUGAAGCCAACUGUCAAGUUGACAACUAAGGAGCCUGUCAGCGUCCAGCACCUCGGAUAAAAUAAUCGAGAGACAAAAUGGCAUCAGACUCUCCACGCAGACCAAGUCGCUGUGCUGGAGGAGUUUUGGUGCGAGCACAAGCUGCAACGGAGCAGACCUAUAUGGAAAGUGUGGUGACCUUCCUGCAGGAUGUCGUUCCCCAGGCAUAUACCGGGUCUCCACUCACUGAUGAGAAAGAGAAAAUUAUUUGGGUUCGAUUUGAGAAAGCUGACAUCAACGACACUGCCCGCAACCCAGAGUUUAUGGAGAUGCACAGUGGUACUUCAGAACCUCCUCUCUGCCUCAUGAUUGGCUAUACUGAUGGGAUGCAGAUCUGGAGCGUAUCUUUGGCUGGGGAAGCCCAAGAGCUAUUCUCGGUGCGCCAUGGUCCUGUGCGAGCUGCUCACAUUCUGCCAGCCCCAUAUAUCAGUCCUCUGAAGAGCGACACAUUUGCUGACAAGCGGCCCCUCCUGGGGGUUUGCAAGAGCACAGGGUCCUCUGGGACCAGCCCUCCCUACUGUUGUGCGGACCUGUAUUCUCUGCGAACAGGCGAAAUGGUUAAAUCAAUUCAAUUCAAGACACCCAUCUAUGAUCUCCACUGCAACAAACAUAUUCUCGUUGUGAGUCUGCAAGAGAAGAUUGCCGCCUUUGACAGCUGCACCUUCACCAAGAAGUUCUUUGUCACAAGCUGCUACCCUUGUCCUGGCCCCAGCCUCAAUCCAAUAGCUCUGGGAAGCCGCUGGCUCGCCUACGCUGAGAACAAGUUGAUUCGAUGUCAUCAGUCUCGUGGAGGAGCUUGCGGUGACAAUGCACAGUCCUAUACAGCUACAGUGAUCAAUGCUGCCAAAACUUUAAAGACGGGCCUGACCAUGGUGGGUAAAGUUGUUACACAGUUGGCCGGCACCGUGCCGGCAGGGACUCCAGAUGAGGAGGGAACAUCUCACAGCACAAGUCGGCGUAGUCCACACAACCCUGGUGUGGUCACCAUCAUUGACACAGACAAUGUUGGUGAAGGACAGGUCUUGGUGAGUGAGGACUCAGACGGAGAAGGAGUGGUGGCUCACUUCCCAGCUCAUGACAAACCCAUAUCCUGCAUGCAAUUCAAUCCCAGUGGAAUGCUGCUGGUCACUGCUGACACGUUGGGCCAUGAUUUUCACGUCUUCCAGAUCCUUACGCACCCAUGGGCGUCCUCACAGAGUGCUGUUCACCAUCUCUACACUUUGCAUCGUGGGGAAACUGAGGCUAAGGUCCAGGACAUGUGUUUCAGCCAAGAUAGUCGCUGGGUAGCAAUCAGCACCCUGCGCGGCACCACCCAUGUCUUUCCCAUCAACUCUUACGGCGGUGCACCCUGUGCACGCACACACAUGUCCCCGAGGGUUGUCAACAGGAUGUCUCGCUUUCAAAAGAGUGCCGGCCUGGAAGAGAUUGAGCAGGAGCUGAACAGGGCGGCUGCAUCAGGAGGAGGAGGCAUAGGAGGAGGUGUUUGCAUUCUGGGCGGAGGAGGAGGCAUUGGGGGCCGCUGUAGUCCCAUACUAGGCCUGUCCAGCAGCCCCUCUGGGUCUCCACUGCAUGCCAAGUUGAGCAACCAGGACUCGUACAACAACUUCACCAAUAACAACAUGGGGAACCCACGUCUGACCCCUCUACCCAGCCUGACUGUGGUGCUGCCUCUGGCUCAGAUCAAACAGCCUAUGACCCUGGGCACCAUCACCAAACGCACUGGACCCUACCUCUUUGGGGCAGGAUGUUUUGCCAUUAAAACUCCAUGCAAAGCUAAGCCGCCUCCUCAGAUCUCCCCAAGCAAGUCCAGUGGAGGAGAGUUCUGUGUGGCUACCAUCUUUGCCUCAUCUCGCUCCUGGCUCAUCACUAACCCCAACAUGAAAAGAGAGAAAGAUCAGUCUCGGCAGUCAGUUGUCGACUCACUGUACAUCCUCAGCUGCUAUGGUAACUUGGUGGAGCAUGUUUUAGAACCUCGGCCAAUUAGCACCGCUCAGAAGAUCAGCGAUGAUACACCAAUGGAGCUCAGCACAUGCCCUAGGGCAUGCUGGAUUCUUGCCAGGACUCCACAGUGGAAUGAGCUGCAGCCGCCCUUUAAUUCUAACCACCCCCUGGUGUUGGCCUCGGACCUGGUUCAGUACCAUCAGCAUCUUCUGGCUGCGAUGUCCCCAGGAAGCCCAGGCCCGAUCACACGUCAUGAAUCCUCAGACAGCCUCGCAUCAGACCACAGUGGCCAGGAGGAUGAGGAGUGGCUCUCUCAGGUGGAGAUUGUGACCCACACAGGGCCACACCGGCGGCUGUGGAUGGGCCCCCAGUUUCAGUUUAAGACCAUUCACCCUUCAGGACAGACAACGGUCAUCUCCUCCUCUUCUUCAGUGCUUCAGUCCCAGGGACCCACUGAUGUCCCACAACCUCUGUUGGACUUUGACACAGAUGAUUUAGACCUACACAGUCUCAGGAUCCAGCCGGUUCGUUCAGAGCCGGUCAGCAUGCCCGGAUCAUCAGGGCUGGUAGCUGACCGCAGAGGACAUUCUAACAUCAUGGAUGCAGGAUCAGGGCCAUUCGAUGGACGUGGUGUGACCCUGCUUGAGGUAUGUGGUAGCUGGCCAGAAAGCUUCGGCGUGCCACGACACAACAUCGGAUCAGCAGAUGCCACCGACGAAGGUCUACGGGAGAGACUGGCCGACGCCAUGUCAGAGUCACCCUCCAGGGAUAUAGUCGGGUCUGCGACAGAACUGCAGAGGGAGGGCAGCAUCGAGACCCUCAGCAACAGCUCCGGUUCCACCAGUGGCAGCAUCCCGCGCAAUUUCGAGGGCUACCGCUCUCCUCUGCCCACCAACGAGGGCCAGCCGCUCAGCCUUUUCCCCACCAACUUCCCCUAACAUCCCACCUUCUCCUGGAAAGACUCACCGCCGUCCAGAACCACCUGACCUCCUGCCUGCCUCCCUCACACCUGUCCACGCAGCAUCUCACACACACACAGGUGUGUUGAACUCAAGCCAAACCAUGCCCAGGACAUUUUGUGUCUCUGUCCAAGUGUGUUUCGUGUUUUUCUUCCUCGUCUCAUACAGCUGGUUACAAAUCAGAUACAGUAUUAAUAUUUUUCUUUUCAGCUGGAUUUAAGUGUUUGUUCUUUUCUAUUAUCAUUAUUAUUAUUUUUCGUCAGCCUGCCAUGAGGAGGUAGUGUCUGUUAAAAUUGCAAUCAUUUUAAAUUUGACCAUUUUCAAUGCCAGAAUCAUUCCAAUGAUGAAUAUGUCUUUAACUUGAAAAAAUUGAAUCCCUGGUCUGCACAAAUCUAUUGAAGACUCUGAAGAAGCUCAUUUCGGAAGAUGAAUAGAAACUUCAGUCAAUCUCCAGGGCGGAGAAAUUACAUGUCGAGCUCCAGAGAAAAUUCAGUUUUUGAAGCAGCUGUGUUCAGAUUUUUAGAAAAAGAAAGAAAAGCAGACAAGUAUCAGCCCAGCAAAUGAAUCCAACUCUGCUGGUGACCUUGUGUUCAAUCAUAAAACAGCAGCAGAGCCGGCCUCUCCUCUCCUCUCUCCUCUCUCCUCUCUCCUCUCCUCUCCCGCCAUCACUCUCCAUGUUCGUUUGAAGUUUAACGGCGUUCCUGUUGUCUGAGUGAACCGUAAGAAAAAGGGAACAGUGGCAGAUGUAAAAAAUGUUUAUUCCAGUCAGUGACAUGUAGCAGCUCCUUUUCCCUCGGCGUGUGUUGCUGCUUCCGUGUAACUGCAUUUGACAAAAGAUGCCGGUAUGAGACGACACGAUGACUAAUUAGGUGAAAUCAUAGUUCAUAGUAGCAGAGAUUUGUCUCUGAAAAUGUUAAGCUCUAAUGCCCACUCAGCCUUUCCAGGUGUCGUUCAUUUUGAUUGAGACAUGUUGUGUUUUGACCAAAAUCAUGCGUCUAGUUACAGAUGUAUAGAAAGAAAAAAAAGUUUUUUCCUUACAUGUCGUAGCAUCACCCACUUUGAUAAUCAUGAAUGUCUGUAAAUCUUUAAAAAAUAAAUCUAAAUCGCACUAUUUAUAGUUAGGUCUGCAAUAAUGAGUUAAUCAAGUUUGUGUUUUUCAACUAAUUCUGGUUUUGUAAUUUCAGCUUCUUAAACAUGAAUAUGUCCUCUGUGACCGUAAACACAAUAUCAUGACACUGUAUGACACGUCGUCAGUCGCACCGGUUGAUAUUUGCUACGAAUUCAUUUCAUGGACCAAACGCUGAAUUGAUUCAUGCAGAAAAUAAUCCGCAGAUUAAAUGCUGAUGGUUGCAGCUCUCGCCUGAAUGCGGCUGCGUGAUAUGUCACGAAGGCCGCGCUCAGUCUGUGAACGAGGACGUGGAUCGACUUGUUCUUGCUCCGCUGCGAUUUGUAAAGUCCUGACCUUUUUUUCCUCUCUCCUCUCAUUCAUGACAGUAAGACAUAAUAAAAGUGGGGGAAACAAA